AGGAACGAAGUAGAAGACAAAGAGGAAGAGGAAGAGUGAGUUCAGAGACGCUCGGCAGAGAUCAGCGUGGUGAGAAGAGAGCAGGAGAACCAGACCAAGAGACGUGAAACAAGCGGCACCGGACUUAAAUGACCACAUUUAAACGUUUGUUCUUGUUAAAGGAAAAGAGACUGACUGUCUCCAUCGUCAAAUCAGGAUGUUUGUUCUCAUCUGUGCGACUCUGCUCUUCUCUGUGAGACGCAUCACUGCUGCCACAGUGUGGAAGGAGGAACCCUGUAAAGAUGGAUCCUGUGUCACUUUCAGUGAAGGAGAAAUAAAAGCAGAGGCUGGACUCUGUGUGGUCAUACCGUGUUCUUUCAAAACUUCUAAUUACAUUCCCAAACAGCUGGUGUUUUACAAAUGUGAACCAUCAAAACAAGAAUGUGCUAAUUCAGAAGUGAUAUUUCACUCCAACGCGAACCACACCAAAACUCAGCCCCGGUUUGUUGGACGAGUUUCACUGCUGCAGCCUGACCUGAGUCUGAAGAACUGCAGCAUCAUCAUCAAUGACCUCACUGAGUCAGACUCUGGAUCUUAUUGGCUCAGAUUACUGGACGGAAACAAGAAAACACGUCAAUCCUCUUCAAAAGUAAACAUCGCUGUGAAAGGUCUGACCCAGAAGCCCACAGUGGGGAUUCCUCCUCUGACAGAGGGGCAGCAGACCACACUGAGCUGCACUGCUCCUGGUCUCUGCUCUGGAUCGGAUCCUGAGAUCACCUGGACGUGGAGAGGAGCAGGAGAGAAGGACUCUCACAUCUCAGCAACCAUCACUGCUGUGAAGACCGAGCACCUGACUUCUGUCACACAGAGACGCAGCUCAACUUUGACCUUUAACCUUUCAGCUGAACACCACGGCACCAAUGUGACCUGCAAGGUCAGCUUCCCCAACAACAUCACUACAGAGGAGACGGAGACUCUGAAUGUGACCUAUAUGAAGAAACCUGUGAUCAGCGGAAACACAGCGGUUAAAGAAGGAGAUGUUCUCCGUCUGACCUGCAGUGGAGAUAGUUUCCCUCCAUCUCGUGUCACCUGGACUAAACUUCCAAUCAAAAAUGUCCUGCACAACGUGAGUGGAGCAGCAACUCUUCUCAUCUCUAAUGUGACAGCAGAGUGUUCUGGUCAGUACGUCUGUACAGCGGAGCAAAGGAUCACUAAUGUGACUACAGCUGCUGAAGUAACCGUGACGUUUUCUCCAAAGAUCAGUAACCAAACCUCUGGUGAUUGUGUGAGCAACAAUAUGACCGGGGAAGCAGAGCAGACCCUCACCGAUCUCCUUUACUCAUUUCUCAUCAGCUUCAAAAACCUGCACGUCCUCAUUGCGUUUUUCAUCGGGAUUCUUCUUUCAGCAACCAUCUGCUGUUUGGCCCUAAAAUGCUGCAGAAACCAACAGAAGACCUCUGGUGGAAUGACUCUGGAGAUGGUGACCACUCAAGCGGUUCCACUGAUGGAUCCUCAUCAAGCAGCGGAAAGCAACGGGACCCGCAGCCCAGAAGGUGACGUGCAGCCCAGAGAGGUGGAGUACUCGGACAUCGACUUUUCCUUGGUGAAAAGAAAGCGUGCCGGAGGGGCCGAGGAUACGCGGGAGACCCCAGAUACAGAGUACGCCGAGAUCAACAACAAGGGAACAGAGGAGAGGCAAAGUGAUGGUGCUGAGGACAGUGAAGUGAUGGAGGCCCGGAAAGAGGAGGAGGAGGAGGAGGAGGAGGAGGAGGAGGAGGAGGAGGAGGAGGCCAUAGGGGAAGAUAAGGAGACAGAAGAGUGUGUGCUGAAGGAGGAGGGUGGAGGUGAGGAUGUUUACUCUAAUGUCCAUGAAAUAAUGGGGGAGAGUCAGGGGCCGUGAAGCUCGAUGGAGGGACUUCUUUUCUUAAUAAACAGGGUGAGUUUCAGCGACGGGGUCGAUAUAGUGCAGAAAUGCAUGUUUUAGAUGUGAUGCUGAGUGUUUGUGUGUGAGGUGGAUUUCCUUUUACAGAAAGUGCAAAUGACACAUAAACAGUAAAACAUCACCUUUUAUGUAAUAAGUGCUUUUUAAAGGUCGAGGAAAGAGAAAUAAAUAUCUAAAAACAUGCUCAGUAGAAUUAGUCAAAUAAGCAGGAAGGACAGACAGGCAGCAGCAGCAGGGGAAAUGCAGCUCAUCUUGUACCAAAGUGCCCUUUGUUAUGAAGUGAAGUGACUGAGUGAGCAGGGUAAGGCACCGGAGCCCAAAUACUUCUCUCAUUUACACCAUAAAAGCUUGUUUGAAUGCCCUCUAUUGAUAUGAAAUAUUUCAACUUAGAUGCCUAAAUGUACAUUGCACAGAAAUAAAAGCUCCUUCCAGCAAUGAAAA